AAUGUAAUGUAAUCACAACGUGCUUUUGCUACUUUCUUAUCCUGUUAGUGCUUUCUUCUCUUUGUUUCUUUCUCUUCGCCAACUGUCAAAUUUGGAUUCGCCCUAUAAUCCAGAAUCUUCUAUGGUUCUUCUCCCAACUUUCAGGUUCCUGGUUUCGCCGUUAAACAUUUGGAAAAUCGUAUUAGUUAGUGAAUCACACUGUUUGCUUACUCUUUACCCUGCUGAGUGUUCAGCAAUCUGUUUCGAUUGUUUGCUGUUAUUGGGAUGGUGGCUGAAUGGAAGAAAACCAAAUCUCAUUUUGUAGGCUCCACUGAUUUUUGUUUAAUUCUUGAGAUUUCUUUAUAUGGAUAUAUGUAUGUAACCAUGAAACCUGUCAUCUCUUGUCAGUGUUUGUCAUGGUCAUGUGGGUGGGAUAGUAGAUAUGCAUUGAUAGAUAUCCAAGAAAGAUGAAGUUUGGCUAAUUGGGUUUGAUGACGGUGUUUAUAGUUCACAUUGAGAUUGGAAACCACUGUGGAUUACCAUCCAAGAAUUAAUUAAGAAUUAUGAGUUUAUGAUCCUUCUUUAAGUGUGUAGAAGAAUUAUGAUGCUUCUAGCGUUCAAUGCAAACUUCUAGCUGGCCUUAUAAGGAUCUUUUCUGCAAUUGGCGUUAUCCACAUGUAUUGUCCUAUAAAUUCCCUAUUUACUAGUUCUCCCUGACUAUUUUUCAACCUAAUCAAAAUGUGUUCUAUACUAAGAAGUUUGUUGGUGGCACAAAAUGGUUUUAAGAGGCUGUUGUUACCGCAAAGAUAUAUGUUUCAGGCUCUUAAGUCGAAAAGGUCCUAAUGAUUAUAAAAGGAUUGUUUAGAAGGUACGAAAGAUGGAACCCUGUUCAUCCAACUUAUGGAGCGUUUUGGGGAAUGGGUGUGGGCGUUGGUUGUGGUGUUGGAUGGGGUCCUGGGUUUGGCCCUGAAGUGAUAGGCUAUGUUGGAGCUGGCUGUGGCAUUGGAUUCAAUGUAGGCAUUACUUUUGCUGGUGUUGGAGUUGGGCUCCCUGCUCACUUUGUCUUUGUAGCUCCAUAUAAUGGGGCUAGCUGGAUGAGAAAUUUACCUUGUAUCUCUGACUUGCAAAGAGAAGCCAGUGGAAAAUUGUUUGAAUUUAGGCAAAGGCAUUUAUCAAUCAAGGGAAUUGACUUCUUUGACACGAAGAAGAACCUGUCUUUGAUUACUUCUUCUGCUCGUAGAAGUAUGCAAACAUUCCAUAACCAGUUGUUCUGCUCUCAUAAAGGAAAAGAUUCUUGACUUCUGUGCUUCUCAUUUGCAUUUUGUUAACUCGGAACCGAAGAUCUUGUUUUCACUGUAAAUAGAUGAGAUAUAACCUUUUGUUCUACUCUA